GUCAUUGAUUGAAGUAAAAACCGGAUCCGUGGCCAAUACCGGUUUAUAAUAUUUUCCUUCCUUCCUUCCUUCCACCGGCGGUGGCUGAGUUCCGUCUUCUCUCUUCUCUUCUCCGUUACUGGACGCUGUUCAACAAAUCUUUUCUCUUUUGCAAAUUGAAACCUAAUUCACAAUCUCAAAAGAUAAGAUUACAGUUUUGGGGUUUUCUGCUUGACAGGGACAUGGCUACCAAGAAUCUCUUUCGACCCAUUUCUGCGAUGGUUCCUUGUCGAUCUAUUCUUCCUUGCAAUCACGGCCGCCCUGCUUCUUCCUUCUCAUCCACUCCUCCAUUCCAUACCUGCAAAUCCUCCAUCAGGACUCUAGGUUUUCGAUUUGCUAGACGGGUACCGCAUCCCAAUUGUUCUUACGGUGAAUCUCCAUCAUCAUCAUAUUCAUCAUCAUCAGCAGCAGCAGCAGAUGAGGAUGACUCCGAGCAAGGCCCUCCUCAAGAAGCUGUUCUCAAGGCCAUUUCAGAAUUGUCUAAAACAGAAGGACGCGUUGGGCAAACAACCAAUAUGGUUAUUGGUGGUACAGUAACAGAUGAUUCAACAAGCGAAUGGCUUGCUCUUGAUAAGAAGGUUAAUUCCUACCCAACUGUGAGAGAUUUUACUGCUAUUGGAACUGGUGGUGAUGACUUUGUGCAAGCUAUGGUUAUUGCUGUUGAAUCUGUACUUCAACACUCCAUCCCCGAGGAUAGUGUAAAACAGAAAAUAUCUUCACGGGGAAAAUAUGUUUCAGUGAAUAUUGGACCAGUUCAUGUCAUCUCUAGUGAACAGGUUCAAGCUAUAUAUAAUGCAAUGAAGACGGAUGAAAGGAUGAAAUACUUUUUGUAGUGCAGCUGCCAUUGCCAUUGCCACUGAUUGAUUGCUCUGUUGUACAGAAGAAGAGAAAGAAACUUUUCAUAUUUAUGUGGCAUUCAUUACCUUCUCUGUUCUCUCUAGACUAUGAACGAUCAUAUUCAAUUACUCAAUCUAACUAGAGUAAUAUUAUUUGUAAACUAUAAUCCAUUAUCACGUUUUAAUA